AUGACAGACCGUUCUCUUGGCGACCACGUGAAGGGUUUCCUUUCAACCCUCUCGUCCUCGCACUCGAACAGCAACUCUCCCGCUCCCCCAUACACCGGUAGCUAUUCACAGCCUCCAAUGCAGCAACCACCGUACCAAGAUCAACAAUACGGUGGCCAGCAAUACCAACAAGACUGGCAAUCGCAGAAUGGUUCCCCUUCUUACUACGGCCAACCUCCUCCCCAACAGUGGCCACCCGCCAACCAAUACCCUCAACAGCACAACGGACCUCAGCAGUAUGGUGGGCCACAGCAGUAUAAUGGGCCUCCGCAACACGGUUACCAGCAGGGUCCACUUCAGGGUCCCUAUAAUCAACACCCCUCCAAUGGAUUCCCACCUCAGCCACAACAGCAACAACAACAACAACAGCAAGGAUAUAGCCAAGGGCCCUCUGGCACUCCCAUGUCUCUCCAAGUGAGAGCAGCAGGCGACAGGGUGUACUAUGUGGUGGACUCAAACACGGACCAAACCGUCUACACCUUCAACUUUGGCUUCAAGUCUUCAGGAGCUGGACCCGUCCAUGUCAUGCGCGGCGACAACGGACCUCCAUGCGGAACUCUCACCUAUCAUUCCUUCUCAAGCAAGGUGGACAUGAACCUUGGAAACUCAUUCGUGAAGUUCAAGAAGGACUUCCCGAGCAACACUGGCCUAGGGUAUCUUACCUGGCAAAAGAACGGUGGAGGCUGUUUCUCAAGCGGUGGAAACCUCAUCCUGGAGAGUGGAGGUAGCGUCCUCGCCACCUACCGACUGGAGAAGGGUCCUGGCAGCCAAAAGCGUCAAGGUGGAGGCAUUGAGAUUCACAAGCCAGGGUUGAGUCAAGCUCAGCUGGAUGAGAUCGUCAUCAGUGGUGUCGCCAAGCUGGAAAGGUUGAGGCUUGCGGCAGGCUCAUCGUCGGGCGGAGCAAGCGCUGGUGUUAUUGUUGCUAUCACUUAA